CUUCUGCACGUCCGAGUCGUGAACUCCUCUGAACCUUCCCGAUAUGCGGAGGGGUCAUGUGAUAAGGUAACGCACCAAAUAUGGAGCUUGAUUCUGUCGGCGUACGUCGGAGGCUGUCGGAAACUCUCGGAAAAAGUAAAAAAUUCCCAGAGAUCAGUGCGGUCCAUAAAAGUUUUAUCGACGCCCGGACGGACGCCAACAUGGCUCCAAAACGGAAAGCGAAAGAUGGAAAUUCGUCCUGCAAGAAGAAAACGACAAUCCUGUCAUUUCUCACCCGUGGUCGACCGGAAGAGAGUGCGACCAAUAACAACCAGAACCCUGACGAUCAAUCCAGAACUCGAGAGCUUCAAGACAAGGUAUGCAUCUAUUUACAAAGAUUGUUUUGGUAUAUCUCUGCGCCAGCUGUUUUUUAUAUCAAAUUUAUGUUUGUAUUUUGUCAUUUCUUACUCUGUUUUUUUACGGUUAAGUUUAAAUGCGAGUGUGAUGGCUGAUGGCGUACACAGCGUUCCGUCAGGGUUACACAAAAUUACAGCGGCGCUCUCAUAGUGAUACUAGUGAUAUAUAAUUUGCUGGACUAAUAUAAAAUAUUGUUGAUUCAUCAUCUUGUAUCAACAAAUAUUUUACAUCGUGCAGUCCCCGGCGGAGGAGAGUCCGGCUGUCACAUAUUUGUUUGGGACGGAAAUACUCAACCGAACCAAACGAACAGUUUGCUGAGAAAAAAAAAAACUAUACAAACUGCUGCAUGGUUUUGUUACGGCGUGGGGACGAUGUGGACACUCACUUUAUUCAGGAAUAAUUGGUUACAGACGCACGCACUGUCAGCGGCCGGGGAAUGAUGCCUCGGACUAUCCCGCCGGUCUGGAGCGAAUUAGCUAGGGAUGACCGUGGCAAGUCCGUGUGUGGUCAGAUCAAAACAUAAAUAAACAUCAUUUAUCUUAACGACUUAAUUUCUUGGGAUUAUAUAAUAGACUCCCUUAUCAACCAACCGGGCAAAUCAACAAGAAAUGCAAUUUGUAUCAUAACAGGUCUUGGAUGUGCCACUGACUUUGCCCACAACACCCGAGUCAGGAAGAGCGCAGCCUACAUCGUCUCAGAAAGAGCCGGGAAAAGCGCAGCCUACACAAUCCCAGGAAGAGCUGGGACAAGCGCAGCCUACAUCGUCUCAGAAAGAGCUGGGAAAAGCGCAGCCUACAUCGUCUCAGAAAGAGCCGGGAAAAGCGCAGCCUACAUCGUCUCAGAAAGAGCCGGGAAAAGCGCAGCCUACACCGUCCCAGGAAGAGCCGGGAAAAGCGCAGCCUACAUCGUCCGUGUCAUCUCCAAGUGUUUCAUCCCAGCCUGCUGCUUGUGACUGCAUAGGAUGUACCAUUACAGGCCCUGGUGCAUUUCAACCCAAAGAUCCCACAGUUCUUAGCGCAUUUCAGAACAAGGGAAGAAAGUUUCAGUCGGACUGGUACAAGGAUCGCAAGUGGAUCACCUUAUGCACAAAACAGCGAAAAGUGUUCUGUGCCCCCUGUCGCUAUGCCAAACAGCACAGGCUCACCUUUUCCACUAACCAAGAAUCUUCCUUUGUGACAGACGGGUUUGACAAUUACAAGAAAGGGAUUGAAAGGUUGGACAUUCACGCGGCUUCAGACCCACACACAGAAGCUGUGUUGAAGUGCUCUGCCAUUUCCGGACAAUCCAUUGAAGCUCAGCUCAACUCACAAAUGGCGGAAACACAGCGGCUCCAUCGGGAUGGCCUCCUGAAGCAACUGUCAGCCCUGAAGUUUUUGUUAAGACAAGGACUUGCCAUCCGAGGUCACCACGACAAGGAUGGCAACCUUUACCACCUUCUACAAACUUGGGCUGACGACAGUGAAGUUGUCCGUUCGUGGUUACAUCAAGGACGCUUUAUGUCGCAUGACCAUAUCAACGAACUGAUCAAUCUCAUGGGCAACGAUGUCUUGAGGUCGGUGCUGGCACGAAUAAAAGGCAGUAAUCCAGCGUAUUUUGCUAUCAUUGCGGACGAAGCUACAGAUGUCUCUUGCAAUGAACAGCUGAACAUCAGUGUCCGGUAUGUAGAUCAUGAUUACGAGGUUCAUGAGGACAGUCUUGGCCUCUACAAGCUCUCAUCUACAGACGCCGCCACCAUCACAGCAGCGAUCAAAGACACCCUUCUCCGGACAGGUCUUCCACUGAAACUGUGUCGCGGACAGGCGUACGACGGGGCAGCCAACAUGAAGGGCCAUCGCACUGGGGUCGCAACGCGAAUAAAAACAGAGGAGCCUGCCGCCGUCCCAGUCCAUUGCUGGGCCCACUCACUAAAUCUGUGUCUUCAAGAUACCUGUAGACAGAUCGUGGCCGUUCGGGACGCAAUGGAUCUUGCCAGAGAAAUUGACAAACUGAUCAAUUACUCGCCAAAGAGGAAGACCUUGUUCACACAAUUGGCCUCCGGAGCUGAUUCAUCAACUUCAAGUGGAACGAUCAAGCCCCUCUGUCCCACACGCUGGACUGUACGAACAGGAGCCCUUGAGAGUAUCCUCGCUAACUACAGCACUCUCAUGGACACUAUGCAGCAAGUCAACGAGACCACAAGGGACGAAUAUGGAUUGAAAGCUGGCGGUGUCCUCGCUGCGUUGGAAAAGUUCGGCACGCUCUUUUCUAUCCGCUUAGGCCAGCUUCUGUUCUUUGCGGCGGAGACGACGUCGACGACCUUGCAAAAGAAGGACUUGAGUGUACAAGAAGCCAUGGACAGUGUGGAGACACUUAAGAAGUACUAUCGGCGCCAGAGAACGGAAGAGUCGUUCGACGCAUUCUACGCAUCAACGGUGGAGAAGGCUCGAGAGCUGAACAUAGACGAGCCAGUGCUUCCACGGUACCGACGUCAGCCGAGGCGCCUGGACGAUGGAAGUGAUCCGCACAGACACGCCUGCCCAAAGGAUUUCCAUCGUCUGGUUUACUUCCAGGCAUGUGACCUCCUGAUAGGAGAACUUACAGAGAGGUUUAACCAGGAAUUCCUGAAGCCUGUCGUCGCCAUGGAGAAGCUCCUCCUGAAUGCGGCGAACGGAGACGACUUCACAGAGAAGAUGGAUGAAGUCACGUCGUCAGUCUUUGGGAACGACCUGGACCCCCCCAAGCUGAGACGCCACCUCUCCAUGCUCCCCGACAUAAUCGAGCAGGCACUUCCCGAGGUGAAGAAAGUCACAAGUAUACGAACCAUUUGUUCUGCAAUGACCACAGCCUCACAUCGAUCGACAUUCACACAAACCCACAAACUGCUCCGGCUCUACCUGACAGUACCCAUCACAUCCGCCACUUCUGAGAGAGCAUUCUCAUCAUUGAAGAGACUACUGACGUACCUACGCUCCACCAUGACAGAGCAGCGACUCAACAAUUGUAUGCUAAUGCACGUCCACAAGGACAUUGUGGAUGACAUGGACCUGUCAGACAUUGCGGCUGACUUUGCGUCGCUGAAUGGAGAUCGAAUGCGGCACUUUGGACAGUGGAAAAACAAGUGAACAAACAAGUAGACUAUUCAACUUGUAGAAACUUUACUUCUAUGUUGGAUGCACAUUUAAUAGUCUGAGUAUAGUACUAGCCUUCGGCGCUCUAUUUGUUGACAUGUACUGCAUGUAUUUUUCGUAUUAUUAGUAUAUAGCCAUUAUAAUGUAUAGGUGCGUAUAGAUUACUUAACGUCUAUUGUACAUUCACUGUAACGUGUGACUUAACUAACGACCUACCGACGCUGUGCAUGUCAGGACCAUGUUGGCACAUAGACCACGAUCUUGAAGUCUUGACCCAAUGUAUUUACCUACCGUGGUUGGCUCAUCGUUUAAGACAUGUAAUUGUGGCCUUUGGUGCUGCUUGAUAUCCUAGACCUGGUCCCUUAACAUAAUUUGUUGCUACUUAACAGUGUUAAAGUAAGAAUGUGAUGACUUGUAAAAGGCUACAAUGGCGAUUUUAUAUACCGAGGGAGCCCCUCGGCGUAAGUUACGAAGUUAUGAAGUUCCCACAUCGUUUUACUUAUGUCUAAUAAAGGUUAUUUGCAAGUUUGGAAACGGUGUUGUGAGUCGAUUAUUAUAUAGUCAAAUGUAGUUAGUAACACAAGAAUAAGUUAGUAGAAAGCUUUGUUAUUACAUAACGGAAAACACCAAAUGAAAAUCGAGCCGAGAACAUAAUUUUGAACGACGAAACUGUUAACAAACUGAAUGAAAACAGGUGCCUAACGAAUUGUAACCCACAUCACGAUUUUACAAGUCGAAUCUGAAAACGAAAACAAGAAAAUAGUUAAAACACUUGCAAAUACAUGUUUGUAAAUACUAUAGUAUAUAAUUCUUGCGAUCCCGUUGGUAAUGCGGCAUUUGCUCCGCCCCGCCCCCUCAAUGUCGCAUGGGUCAGUCUAUUUUCGCGACAGUCAUACACCCUUCUCCAGAAAACGUAAGAGUAAUAUACCUAAGUACACCAUCAAAAUUUGCUCCACAAAAUGCAGGAAACAGCGUUUCAGAGGGUCUAGAUUUGAAAAUUUUCCCGGGGGAGCAUGCCCCCGGACCCCCCUAGAAAGGUCGCGCCUUCGGCGCGACCCCUCGCGCCUUCGGCGCUCGAUUUGGUGAUAUUCACAAGCCAGAAGUUUCGCCCCCACAGUCAA